AUGCUCCCCUGCGGCGUGGCGACGGCUUUGGCUUUUCUCGCCUCGGCCCUGCUCUCCGUCGGUGCCCAGUACGAGAAGUACAGCUUCCGAAGUUUCCCCGUCGGCGAGUUGAUGCCCCUGGACUCCACGUACGACUACGCGCUACAUCAGUACGCCGCUCGUAAGUGGGCCGACAGCGUCAAGUACCUGGAGCACAGCCUGCGACUCCACCGGCUUCUUCGGGACAGCGAGGCAUUUUGCGGCCGCAACUGUAGCGCCGUCAGCCGGGGAGACGACGACGGGGAAGACGACGUACGCCUCCGGGUCGUGCGCCACAUCCUCCUGAGGGCGGCGUGCCUAAAAAAGUGCAAGGCUGACUUUCCCGUCUUUAAACUCCCUCGCCCGCGCCGGGAACUCCUGGAGAGCUUCGAGAAAAGGACGCCGUAUAAAUACAUUCAGUAUGCGUACUACCAGCUGAACAACUUGGAGAAAGCGGUGUCGGCGGCUCACACAUACCUGAAGAAGAACCCCGAAGACCCCUCGCUGACCAAGAACAUGAACUACUACAAGACACUGGUGGACGUGGAGCCCUACCUCAUCGACCACGAGGAGCAGCCAUAUGAGAGUGUGUUCGUGAAGAGCGCCAAGCUUCACAAUAGCGGCGACUUCAGCGGCAGCGCUCGCCACAUGGAACAAGCGGUGGCCUUCUACUUGGAAGCAUACGCCACCUGUGCGGCCGCCUGCGACGGAGCCUACGAGAUCCUCGAGUUCAAGGACUUCUAUCCGACGCUCGCAGAUCUAUACUUGGAGGCGCUGAAGUGUAAAGUGGACUGCGAGCAGCAGUUGACCCCCAGCGUGGGGGGCUUCAUUGUCGACAAGUUUGUGGCCACCAUGUACCACUACCUCCAGUUCUCAUACUACAAACUAAACGACGUCAAGAGCGCCGCCCCGUGCGCCGCUAGCUACAUGCUUUUUGACCCCGACGACCAGGUGAUGCGCCAAAACGUGGACUACUAUCACUUCUACCGGGAACAGUGGGGCCUGGCUGAUGAAGACUUCCGUCCGCGGCCCGAAGCCUGGAGAUAUUUCAACCAGACCACCAAGCAGAAGGAGAUGCUGCACUUUGCCCUCAACUACCUACAAACAGAAGAUGAGGGCGAAGUAAGCACAGAAGCAGCGGUCAUGUCUCGGCGUCCCGACGCCGAGUUCGAGGGGGUUGGAGACUACGAGGAAUCCCUGGUGUCCGAGUGGUGGCAGGAGCCAAAGACCAAGUGGGACAUGGGCGAGGUGCUUGACUGA